AAAUGAGGUUGAAUUGGGAAUUGACCAACCCAAAAAAAAAAAAAAAACUUUGUGCUUCUAUGAACUUGGAAGAUGACAUCUGAAAACGCUUUAAAAACAGGCAAGGUAUCAAAAGCCAAAAGCUGAUUCUCAGAGAAGGCCGAGAAAUCACCAUAAUCAGUUUCCACUCGAACUCGGAUCGGAUCUCCACAUCCGUCCAAUAAAAUUGGGCCAUGGAUUCGGAGCUUUUCGAGCGUGACCGGCAUGUGACGUUUCUGCAGAUGAUGUACCAGCUUCUGCCGUCCCCCUAUCAGAGCCAAGAAAUCAACCGCCUCACUCUCGCCUACUUCGUCAUCUCCGGCCUCGACCUCCUCAACUCCCUCGAUCGCCUAGUUGACAAGGAUGCAAUUGCCACCUGGGUUCUGUCAUUGCAAGCUCAUCCAAGAAGCACAGCCGAAUUGAACAAUGGACAGUUCUAUGGUUUCCAUGGUUCCAGAGCUGCUCAAUUUCCUCCAGAGAAUAAUGAUAAUGGGGCUUUAAAUCCCAGUGUCAGUAACCUGGCGAGCACGUAUUGUGCCCUAGCCUUACUUAAAAUCGUUGGCUAUAACUUGUCCAGUAUCGACUCUGAGUCAAUACUGACGUCAAUGAGAAAUCUUCAACAGCCUGAUGGGAGUUUUAUGCCUAUACAUACAGGAGCCGAGACUGAUCUUCGAUUUGUUUUUUGUGCUGUGGCCAUUUGUCAUAUGUUGGGAAAUUGGAGUGGCAUGGACAAGGAGAAAGCCAAGGAGUACAUAUUAAAGUGCCAGUCAUAUGAUGGUGGCUUUGGGUUGGUUCCUGGUUCAGAAUCUCAUGGUGGUGCAACAUAUUGCGGUGUUACAUCUCUCUGCUUAAUGGGAUUCAUUGAAGAUGAAAUUCUAUCUAAAAAUGCACCGUCUUCCAUAAUAGAUGUGCCAUUGUUGCUGGAUUGGUGCGUGCAGAGGCAGGCAGCUGACGGUGGAUUUCAAGGUAGACCCAACAAGCCUAGUGACACAUGUUAUGCAUUUUGGAUUGCAUCAGUUUUGAAGAUUUUAGGGGGCCAUAAAUUCAUUGACAAGAAGGCUUUACAUGGAUUUUUGCUAACUUGUCAGUCCAAGUACGGUGGUUUCAGCAAGUUCCCAGGGCAGCUGCCAGAUCUAUAUCACUCCUAUUAUGGGCUUACGGCAUUCAGCCUCUUGGAAGAACCAGGUCUGAAUUCACUCUGUGUUGAGCUGGGAAUAACUGCAAUUGCUGCCAUGGGAAUCUGACUUGAUAGUCCUUCAUAUUUGUUGGCCUUUCAAAAUAUUUGUGCGUUUCCACUCGUACAAUUGUGCUCUUCAUAAUGAACAAUGAACUUUCACCCUUCAUUCUAAUUUACAAGUUGAUAAAAUGGGAGAUGUAAUUUUCAUACAGAAGUUGCAUUUUGGGAGAUAACCCUGCUCGGUUUUUCCCUUC